AUGAAGUUCACGCUAAGUAAUAUAAUAGGCAGCACAGUAGAUCCCAGGCCCCAGGACGACGUCCUUCAGAAAAACGUAACAGUUAUACUACUUUAUCAAGGGGUAAGUCCACUUGAUUGUAAGUUAAUUUAUAACUGUGAUGAAAAAAACUACCUAUAAAAAAGAACAUGCUAACGUCUCUAGCUACGAAGGGAUUGAUUGAUAAUUGCUUUUACUGUUUUAGGAUUUUCUUGUUUUUUUCUUUAUAACCCUGCAACACUUUGGAAUCAAAGAAAACUCAUAUUGUGGCUUAAAACAACGCUGAAGUCUCCACGUUAUAAUCCCUGAAGACGUUGUGAAAUUAGGCACUUACUUUCUUAUGUGUUUUUAGUACCAAGUUUAAAAACAUUUACGACGCCGACGAGUCAUUCACCUUUCUUUGAUUUUUGUUAGUUUUUAACCUGAAACUUUAAAUCCCUUUUCUUAAGGGACUGGAGGUGCAUUGUGUCUUCUGGGAUUUUACUGCCAAGCGGUAAGUGUGGCGGAAUUUUUCAGUAAGCAACUAAAAGGACUUACCAGCAUCAGGGGUUAUUAGUAUGAAUUGAUUCAUAGUCAUUGUAGAGUAGACAAGAAAUAUUUCGCUAUCGACUAGGGUUGAUAAAAUUCUGCCCUUUAAAAUUGGCCCUGCCCUUUAAGGUCUUUUAUUAAUUAAGCAGAGUCAUACUCAGGAACUAUAUCAUUGCAGAUCAAAUUUCAACGGUUCUUGGUCACGCAAAGGAUGUUCAGUUGUCAAUAGAACCAAAACGGAAAUCACAUGCAUUCAUGACCCCCUAAAACUGCCUGUUCUUACGCACGUUGGAGCAGACAAUGAGGUUAGUUGAAGCAGCUUGUAGUAGCUUGUAGGGCCGUGGCCAGUAUGAUGCAAACCGAUCGAGGCACUUGCUUCAGUCAUUUUUUUUCGGGGAAAGUAAGUUUUUUUUUUUUUUUAAGGACAAAGAAAGAAAUUAGCAGCAAAUAAAUUCACAAACAGUUAAAUAAAUAAAAAAAUGUUAGCGCUGCUGCAACUUGGUUUUACGUUUAAUGAUAAUGCGAAUCAGGCAGUGGCCUGAAUUACAGAUGAGAAAAAUUAAGCAAAAAUUCAUGCUAACCAGGCAGCGGCUCCCCAAAAAAAUUGCCUCGUUUUAAUACGUUUGCCGCCAUUCCUCGCGUCUUCUUUCUUCUCUUGUCUGAGUGUGAAAAAUCUAUCAAAAUGCAGCGUUAUAUCAACAGUCGGAAGCUGUCGUGCGAGCGCAGCUUUAGCGUCUCUGCAGGUUGAAGACCUGGUGGCGUUGAUCGACGGGCUCUAACAUGCUGAAUGGCCUUGCAUUAGACUACGUCCACAACGAAAUCCCUGUGGAACCGCUCGAGGUUCUACACUGAGCGAAAGGAUGCUAGCAGUAAGCAACUUCGUUGUUUAGAUAAGAAAAUCCUUAAAUAAGGACGGGCGAGACCAGGUUUUUUCUGAGCCAGCGAGACUGAGUACCCCAACAAACCCUUGUUUUCAAGAAACCGCUGUCAGCCAAAUCUCGUUUAAGCCGUUGUUAUCUAAGGCCUUCCUAUAGAAACAAACCGCAAAAAAGCACAUUAAUUAGCCGCAUACUAGAAACCAGAGCCUCUAAAGUAGCAUUUAAAUACCCCCCCCCCCCAAAAAAAAAAAAUUGAUACCUAGAUCUCUAUAUCUAGAUGGCCUUUAUUUAGGCUCUUCGAAGAAUUUUUGUCAAAUAAGGUUUGAUCCCAGUGUUUUGUUUAAACGUAGUCAUCAUAAAGACCCUCAAUAGCCAGGCGGGGAAUUCUUGAUCAUCCUUGGAUAUUGUCUCAGUCCUUAUUUCUUCCUGGCUAUGGUCCUGAUUUUAUAAACUCGGCUCGAGUAAGAAGACUAAAAUUUGCUAGUUAGGCUCUCUCUAUGAAGAACCUGUUAAGCCUAAAAUGUGAAACAGGUUCUAUAAACAAUUCUGUCAAUUUCCAUACAUUGCUUUGUUGUUGCUGAGCUUGCUUCUAUGGUUGAUAUAUCGCAGGAUUUAUAGCUCCAGCUCUAGAUCAGAUGUACUUGCGAUUUAUAGCUAUACUCUGUCUGACUUAUCGCAGACUUUCAGAGAGGUAGAUGUGAAAAUAGAUAUUUUCCAUAAAUUCCAAAAAUUCAAUCUAUAGUUGAGCUACAAACUGCUAUUUAACGAUAUUAUUGUAUAAGAGUUUAAUUAAUGUGACCCUCCACAGGAAUUUGAUGCUAAAGGUGAAAGCACGCGCACGACACGCUUGCACGACACGCUUAGCGUGCCGUAGAUCACAGAUAUGCGCAUAUUAAAUUGAAAAAACAAAGACGGACACACUUGCCUUUGUUUUGGCAAAUUUAACCCGCUAGACCUUUUGUUUUUUUGUAGCGUGCCAUAUGUCACGGUAAGUGUGCGAAUUAUAGCACGGUUAGCGUGCAAUUAGGGUAAGACACGCUGAACACGCUUGAUUACUAAAACCGCUAAGAUGAUAAAAAUGGCUUGGGUUUUAAGCGGAUUUAAUCAGCAUUGAUAACUGGUCGAAGUGAAUCAAAUAUACCAAUUGAGACUGUUUUGGAAUUUGAUAGUAACCGUGGCCAUUUGAAAAUCACGACUUAAUGGUGGUCUAGCCUGGAAUUAACGCGAGAUCAGUGUAAACCAAUUCCUCCGGCUGUCGGCUGUUGACCGGAAUCGCAAAGAGGCCUGAUAUCGCAUGCGAGGGACUGAAGUUAUGUCGCCUGAAAAUUAUAGUUAUGCGACCGGAAUAUUUAUUAGCAGUAAUGCACAGAGAAAUGAAGUUGAAUAAAUUAGUUUAAUAUAUUUCUUUAAGCCAUGCUGAGACGAACGAAGGUAAUUAAAUCGGAGAAACAAAAACUGCCUAGAAUUUUCUAUAGGUUGAGGAAGGCGAAACAUUUCUAGAUGACCGUUCCAUACAUGUACAAUUUUCGAAGGUUAUCUAAUAAAUUCCUUACGAUUUUCUGAAGUUUAAUUUUUUCCAUUUCAUUCCCCAGUUAAGCUAUUUUUCGUAGAGAAUAAAGGAAUCCUAAAUUUUUCGGAACCGAAAAUACGAUAAAAUUCUCACUUUCCUAAAACUUUCAAUUGGAAGUUAAAUUUUUCGGGAAAAUAAUGCUGAAGCCCUUGUAAUUUCGAAGCGCUAUCAAUCAUAAUUUAUGUGAAGAUAUCUCGUUACGCUAUGCUAAGACGAAUCAAGCGCUGUAAAUGUGUACUAUAUCUCGUUCUUCACAGGACGAAAAAAACAAGAAUCUGUAAACUAAAAACACUGUAGAAUGAGGGAGGAUUGCGGGCGACUUUUCUUUGAAUUUUGGGCGACAAAACUCGUAUUAUCAGGUUUUGGACGACAUAACUUCAAACGACAUCACUUUCGAGUAGCUUGACCGUCACCCCUUUAGAUCGAGCUCGAUGAAUUAAUUCAAUGACCGAACUUUAUGGAACAAAUGAUUGCCUUCAAGAAUUUCACGCGGUCUACUUUUAAUUUAGUUCUUUUUCUCUUUUCUCAGUGUGUGACUGACAGAGAUUUAAUUCUCGGAUCGAGCUUUAGUCCUCUAAACACGCUGUAUUAUCGUGGCAAAAACAAACAAUCAAACGAAAAAGCACCAUACAAUUUCCGAAUUCUGUUAAAAAAUACAUUUUUUACUUACUAUUCAAAAAGCGUUGAAACAGUCAUUAAUUAACUGAUGUUUCGCUUUUUGUGUUAUUGUCGGCCGGAUCAAUUAAGUAACGUUGGAAACGUUUUGGAAUUUUGGUACAUCUAGAAAAGCAGGCUGGUUUUCAGUUGAUCACUACGAUCCUUGCAAUCGCUAAAAAAUAAAUACAAUUUAGUGAUCCUGGCACUUGAUGAUUUCUAUUAUAUUUGAUCGCGAUUGCUGCGAUCGGCAAGAAAGUGUCUUAAGUUCGAAAGAUCACUGUUUCUGAGAAAAUUGCAAAAGUGUUUUAAAUUAAGGAAAGUUAAGAUAACCUUUGCACAGCUUCGUCAGUAAAAAUUUCUGGAAAGAACUUUGAUUUUGCAAUGCUAAUAUAGUUCUACCCAUAAAUCCAGUAGGUCACACCGUUCACUGUUUAUACUUUUUCAAGCGACAACGUCUUUUCAAUCAGAUACUAUCGCUGCGAUCGCUGAGGCAUAACUUUUUCUUUCUCGAUAGUUACCAAAAAAGGGUGCCGUUCAUAAUCAUUUACGGUUCCUUUUUGUAGAGGAAAUUUAUUUAGCUUAUAGAUAACACGCCUUGCGUGCUUUUGCGCACACUGAAAGCGUGUUGUGCUUUUUCGCACGGAGCUUUUGUUUGAAAACUUUAACACGCUCUUUUGUUCGACUUGCUCACGCUUAAUUGUCUUAAGCGUGUCCUCUGAAACAAAAGAAAUUGCUAAUGAGGCAAGAUUGCAAGCGUGCUAAAGCGUGUUAAAAUAAAUUCUUUUGUUUUAAAGUGAAAGCGUGUCGUGCGCGUGCUUUCACCUUUAGUAUUAAAAUCCUGUGGAGGGUCACUUACUGUUGGAGCUGAGACAAGGCCUGAUUACAAUACAUGUAAAAUUACAUUCAGGUUAAAAUUCAUCUUGUCAAUGCUUCAGUUUUUCUUCCUAAAUUGAUUUUUACAUAAAUUUUAAUUUGAUAUGCAGAUCUGAUAUAAAACAUAAACUGAAUGCCUCUAAAUAUUCAAUGUAUUUUUUCUUCAGAAAAUAAGAACUUAUUUAAGAGCCUCAAAUAGCCUAAAUUUGUGCUAAUUAUACCAUUUAUGUAAGAACCUCUUUGGGCUAAAUUGGGAAAAUACAGUUUCUUACUCGCGGGUUUUUACUGUACCAUGAAUGUUAAAAUAAAUAAGGGGAGCAUCUACAAUCGUGGCGCCAUGAAUCCUUUUCACAUUGUGAUAAAUAGUCUUAGUGACUCGAGUAAUAAGGAGGGCAUGCCUAUUUUCGCCAUUUAGAGUGCUUCUUUGCAAAAUAAUAAGGGGCCCUGACUCUUUCCAAUAUUUGUCUUUAUUGAUUUAGCGUAUUUGCAAACAGCCAUAAAACUAUCUUUCCAGCAGGUUCCAGGGGAUCAUCAGGUGGCAUUGAAAGUCAUUACUUACGUUGGGUGUGCUCUGUCGCUUAUCGGAGAAGCACUCACCGCUGUUGCAUAUUGCGUCCUCAUGUGAGUUACAAAUAAUAUACCGUUAUAAAAGAGCUCGGACAUUUAGAUUUGGUUUUUGUGAUAUCCGGAAUAAUCAAGGUCGAGGUAAGUGUUUUUAAUUCACGCAUCUUGGUUUCAAAUACACCGAGCAUAACACGGCUGGGAAAGAGUGAAAACAAGAUUGUCGCCUGCAAUAAACAGUAAGCGCUCGAACAGACUUAAUGUCCAACAGAAAAACAUGGGGCUGUAAGAAGUCUAUCAUCCAACAAGCGCUUUAAACAGAUUUUUCAGCACCAAAUGUUUAACCAUAGCAUAUUAAGACGUGAUUUGUUUCUAAACUAUUUGCAUUGAAUCUUAAUACUUAGUAAAUGCAAAAUUAUGACCAUAACAAAACCACAAGGGAGGGGGAGGGGGAGUCAACCGCCCUCUUCACAACCCCUCGUAGCGCAUUUAGGCUCUGGAUUAGCUCGUCAGACGUUCAUUUAUGAUUUUUAAAUUAAGAAGCACCUUAACAUGGGAUUUUCCCGCUUUGAAAAAAAUAACAUGUCAACGAUGUUCAAUUAUUUUUUGCCUCGUUCAGGGAUUUGAAAGAAGACCAAACUCAAAUCCACUUUAACCUUGUGGUCGCCAUAGCGAUAGCACAAAUUACGUUUCUUGCUGGAAUUGAGGCCACAGAAGUUAUGGUAAGCUAAAGAUGUUAGUUAAUCAGAGGCACCCAACGACAGUUCUCUGUAAAAUAUCUGUUCGUAGAAGCACCAAUUUCCUAGAAUUCUCUAUACCUUGGGGAAGACUAAGACUUUCUAUGACCGUUCCAUUCAUGUACUGCAAUUUUCGAAGCUUAUCCAAUAAAUUCCCUACGAUUUUCUGAAGUUUAAUUUUUGGCAUUUUACCCACCAGAUUAAGCUAUUUUUCGCAGAAAAAGGAAACCGAAUUCAAAAAAUUUCGGAUUCGAAAAUGCGAUGGAAAGAGGAAUCGGAAAAUUCUCUGUUCUUCUCUCAUCUCAAAUUUUCGGGAAGAUAAUACUGAAGCCCUUGUAAUUUUGAAAAGACUUAAGUUGCCCUAGGAUGACCAAACAGAUAUAAAUUUUAAAGGGCCGAUUAGAAUGUAUUUCUUAAGGUCUAAAAGUACUCUGGAUAGCCUGAAAAGUGUUUUCAAUGCAUUUAGGAGAAAACCGUCGUUGGGUGCCCCUGGUUAAUCUGAAAGAUAAAGAAAUAAUGAGCAUUUUGUGGCUUGGAUGAUAAAUUGAUUGACAAAACAUUUAAAAACAAAAAUCAAAAAUGAAAGACCGUUGGAUGUAAACGAGUUGAGUCUUAAAUAACGCAAUUUUAUUAGAUGGCAUAUUCCCGUGACCUCGGUUUUACGCAAAUGCGCUAAAUGGAAAGGGUGGCAAAGGGUGGGGUAGGGGAGGGGAAUACCUAUCGCGCAUUACAGAGUAAUAAAAUAAAAUAUUAACGACAUUAACAAGUUUCAGGAGCCUAUCCUAUUGUCAUGUGACUGAGGAAAUCAGAGGUAGAGGAACGAGAAAAAAGUGCAAGAAGUUGGUGUCAUAACUAUAUAUUUUGUAUAUCUCUCAGUCUUCUUCUAGUUUCAAAUGAUAUCAACCAUCGCAGAAAUUUCAAAGGAAAAUCACGCGUUACGCGUUGUAAAAAUAGUAAAUCACGCCUUACGCUGUUGAUUUAAUAGACCGCUCAAGAAAAUACCAUAACAUACCAUAAUGCUCUUUGUUUGUCACCCCAAACUUUUGCUUAAGCAUUGUUUUCAGUUUUUCUUGGGGCCAUUUUAACGCCCAAGAGGAACUGAAGACAAUGCUUAUCCAAAAUUUUGGGGUGACAAACAAAUAGCAUUAUGGUGUGUUAUGGUAUUUCUGGAGUGGUCAAUUGGGUUCGAUCACACGUCACGGAAUACUCCUUUGCCACCCUGAAAGGAUAAUUUGGGAGGAAUGGAGUCUGAUUGCACUGACGUUUAGCGGUGGUUCUACUCCUGUAUAAUAUUUCGCAAACAUGGCAGUCAAGUUUAUUCUGUCACUUUUUAAGGAAAUAAAAAUUGUCCUUAAAAGAUUUUUUCGGCUGCUAUGAUUAUUAUAGGAAACAGGUAUGGGUCUAAGGUUACAUGGGAUCUAGAGAAGUGUUACGGACAGACACACGACAGUGCCUUUAAGGACUUGUGGCUCAGUGGUCGAUUGCUCUUUAGUUCUUUUUAGUAUCUUUGGUUUGUCUGCAUUGCAUCAAGAGUUUUUUUUUUCUUUUCCUUUUAUUUAUAUAUUUUUUGUGGGAUGGGGCAGGGGGUGAUAAAAAGCGUGCCGUUAUGGGCGAUGUAAUGACGGUGAAUCCCGUUUCUUUAUAGGAACUGUGUGUGUUUGUAGCAGCUAUGAUUCAUUACUUCUAUCUGGUGGGAUUUGCUUGGAUGUUAUUUGAGGGUGUUUACCUGUAUCUGAUGGUUGUCAAAGUGUUCAAUACGGUCAUCAGAUUGCGUUUAUUCUAUGGAGUGGCUUGGGGUAAGCAUUAAAGCAAAAGCCUACUGCUGAAAAUGGCCCGUUGGUAGAUCUAGUCAAGAGGUCCUGACUUUUCAGUCCCUUCCGGAAUCAAAAGCAUUUUGUUAAUUGAUUCCUGGUUUAUCUUACUUUCCUUACCUACUUAGGGACGGACCAUUAGAAACGUUAUUGGGGAGGGGGGAAUUUUCAAGCUUCAGGAGUUAUCAAAUUCCGCUGUAUGAAUUUUUUUUCAUCUAAUUUUCCCUUGCGCGAAUAUAUUUUUUGUACUUCGCCCCCCCUAUAAGUUUUCUAAUGGUCCGUCCCUUACAAGGACUUGCAAAUGAGACUUGCUAUUCAGAGGAAUUUGUACCACACCACAGUUCUCAUAAGGGUGCUACGCUGACGUAGCUGACGUAACCCAACUGAGCCUAAAUUAUCAUUUUUCUCUUUUUCGUUUUCAAUCAAACCUUAGGCGUCUCCCUUUUGAUUGUGGUUUUAUCAAUCGUGAUUGCUUCCAUUCAAGAUGGCGGGAUAGAAAGCUAUGUUCAAGAUCAUUUGUAAGUAAACAAGCCAGAUCUUAAUACUACCGAACAAAAUGGAGCAAGAAAAACUUGGAGGUUUCAAGAAUCUCUUUAUUUUUUUUUUAUUAUCAUUUUUCAUUUAUUUAUUUAUUUUUUACAAAGUUGCUUAUGAAAUUUGCCCAAACUGCCGUUUUCAGAGGAAUUGUUAUAAGCACGUUCAUGUUACAGGCCUAAACAAUCGGUUUUCAAAGAAUUGAAAAAUGAGUCUUCGUAAUUUUUUUUCAACAUUUCCAAUUUUAACCGUCAAGUUUUAACAAGCAAUCCUUUCAUAGUAACACCUUAAUUUGGUAUAUUAUUUUUAGUUGCUGGGUUUCCUUCAAAAAUAACCUUAUCUGGACGUUUGUUGCGCCUGUUCUCUUAGUUUGCACGGUAAGAAUAAGAAAGUAAACAUGUUCCAUAAGUGAAUAAGUAAGUAUAAGGGAACAAGCUUAAAAAUGAUUGCUUACAGAAUACUGAAGCUCAUCUGUAACUGAUUAAAAAUUAAUAUAAUCACCAAAUAUUUGCCAUGAAAAUAUAAGACAUAAAACUGAAAUUAUUAACGAUUCAAAUAGAAAAAAAGCAGAAUAUUUAGCUACCUUUCAGAUCAUAGGCUUGGUGGGUUACUGUAAGCCCAUAAAUGGACUGAUAGUGGCUGCCAGUGCCGCCCUUGUAUGCUGACGUCAGAGCUUACUGCUAACAUGUUAGCACAUAAAGUAAAGAGGACACGUUUAUUGUCCUCUCAUUCACGGCAUUUCAUUCAUUCAUUCAUUUGCGGGUAAUAAACACAUCUGGGAUUGAGCGCUGCGGUGGAGGGGAGGCUGUGACGUCAUGCAAAGUGUGAUGUGCUUCAGGUGUUUCAUGCGUCCGAGCGUUGAUCGAUUAAAUAUAGAUAAUAUUUUAUGUUCUCAUUCAUUUAUUUAUUUAUUGAAAAUUAUUGUCAAGAUUUGAGAGAAAAAAAGAAACAGGGUCAGAAAAUAUCUUAUUCUCAUGCAUUGUUUCCACGCAGAUAAACUCAGUUUUACUUGCUCGAGUGGUUCAUGAGGUUCUAAGAAUGCAAUCCGACAAAACAUCUCAUCUGGAAAGAGUUCGACAAGGAGUUAAAGCAUGCGUAGUUUUGUUUCCUCUUCUGGGACUGACCUGGGUGUUUGGUGUCCUAAGUGUCACAGAUGCUGGACUCGUAUUUCAGUACAUCUUUACUAUCUUCAACUCAUUGCAGGUAUAGUAAUAGAAAAUCCAACAUUUUAACUUUUUGAGUAGUUUGAGGAAACAGCCGACAUUUCGCAACGCGACCACUGGUUUCCCCAAGAAAUGACUUGGGGUGAAGAACGUCCAUACUGAUGACGUGUCACAACACAGAUGUGGGAAGUGCUUCUGAUUGGAUGAAGCAGAUUUAAUCAAUCAAAAGCACUCCCUAGAUCUGGGUAGUGACGCGUGAUCGGUAUGGAAUUUCUCCGCUAGUUUCUCCAACGUCGGGGAAACCAGUGGUGGCGUCGCACAAUGUCAACUGUUUUUUCAGGCUAACUGACAGCGGGCAAGUUCAAAUUUCGGAUGCUUUAAUCAUGCAGCUAAUGUUAUUUUAUCAAAGUACUUAGCUCGGUGACUAAAAAAAGCCGUUUUUAUUCUCUCAUUCGUUCAUUUAUUUAUUUGUUUAUUUUGCCACACAAGCAUUCGAAGUUUACUCCAGACUUUGACAGUAGUGUCAAGGAAUGUAGCGAUCGAGAAAAUUAACAUGACAGAACAUAGAAUAGUAGAGAUGGUGGGCGGUACCUGAUACCAUGUACUGCGAUUAACCAUUGACUAUAAAUUUUGUCUUCAUUCCUUCUGUUCUCUCACCCUUAUGAAGGAACUUAACUUUCUUUUUAUUUAUCGAUAAACACAUUUUUAGGGUUUGUUCAUCUUCAUACUUCACGUUUUGAGAAACAGCGACGUACGUACAGCAUACUCUAGAAAAAUGCAGAAGAGGAAUGCAGCAAAAAGCGUGAAAAACUCUCAAGAAAACCGCAAAACAAUCGGAUUGUGGUCAAACAAAGUGACGAAUGAACCAAGCUGUACAAAAGAACCUAGCAGUGCCUCUCUAAGAGCAUCGGUUGGAGUAAAAACCAAGAUUGACAAUGCUCUGCACGAGGAAAGAACCAUGACUCCCGUUGACACGUGA